AUGAGUAAGAUUGUACUCUUGGCCCUCUUCGCUGUUAUUACCAUUUCACAGGUUGAAUCAGGAGUGUUGCCAGUAUCAACAACAGAAAUAACUUUAGUUUCAUCUGAAACAUCAAUUAUCGAAUCAUCUCGUGUUAAAAGGAAUGGAGGCUGUUGUGGAUGUUGUGGAUGUGGAGGAGGUGGUGGAGGAUGUGGAUGUUGUUGUUGUAGACCAAGAUGCUGUUGCUGUUGUAGACCUAAAUGUUGUUGUACUUGUUGUAGAACUUGUUGCUGUACUCGAUGUUGUACUUGCUGCAGACCAUGCUGUUGUGGAUGUGGUUGCGGAUGUGGUUGUGGAUGCUGUGGAUGUGGAGGUGGAGGUCGUAAGCGUCGUUCCCUUCAAAAACUUCGAAUUGAUGAAGCCAAUCGUGCACUUGGGAUUAAAAAAAGACCAUCUAAUGACAAAUGUUAG